AUGGAUCCUGAAAAGCAUUACGAAUACAAGGAUGAAGAGGUCGCCACCACAGGCGAUGUCAGUUUCGAAACUGCUUCAGCCGAAGAAAAUGCCCUUCACAUAGAGAUUCAGGGUAUCAAGCCAGUACCCGAAUCACAACGUACACACACUCGUAUUACCGAUAACUUCACCCUCUGGUUCUCCGUCAACACAACACUUGCCAAUCUUGCCAUUGGUGCUCUUGCCAUACCCGUCUUUGGUCUCGGUUUUUGGGACAGUUUCUCCGUUAUUUUGGUCUGCAAUAUCAUUGCUGUCGCUCCAGGUGCUUUCUUCGUAACAUUUGGACCAAGAUACGGAAUGAGGCAAAUGAUCAUUUCACGGUUCAGUUUCGGUAUUUAUGGAGGCAUGUUUGCAGCACUUGUCAACGUCGUUGUUUGUAUCGGCUGGUCCGUGAUCAACGCCAUUUUGGCUGCACAGUUAUUGACAUCUGUCAGCAAUGGCAAACUUCCUGUGUGGGCUGCUAUUAUCCUUCUUUCCUUCAUCACUGUUAUUAUCGCCGUAUUCGGAUAUCGCAUUGUCCAUCACUAUGAACGCUUCUCUUGGAUCCCUAUGUGGAUUAUCUUCUUUAUUAUCCUCGGUGAAGCUGCCCACCAUAUGACAAUCACACCCAUUACUGCAGUAGGUGCAACCGAAGCUGGUAACUGGUUGUCGUUUGCCGCAACUGUAGUUGGUUAUAACCCUGGCUGGGUCACUUGCGCUGCUGAUUAUUCUGUCAACCAGCCAGCUUCAUUUGAUCGACGUGUUGUCUUCAUUUUGGCUUUCCUCGGUUCUUUCAUUCCCUCUGUACUCCUUCAAACACUUGGUGUGGGUCUUACAACCGGAUUUGCCAGCAAUCCUUCAUGGGCAGCUGCAUGGGACGCCAAUUCCACUGGUGGUUUAGUUGGAGAGGUUCUUAGUCCUCUUGGUGCAUUCGGAAAGUUUCUUUUGGUUCUUUUGGCCCUUGGUAUCAUCGCAUGCAAUGUCCCCAACGGAUACAGUGUUGCCUUGUCUUUCCAAGUCAUCUCCUCGUCUUUGGUCAAGGUCCCACAAUGGACUUGGACGAUUCUCGGCUGCAUUGUUUACACCAUCAUUGCAUGCUUUGGUGCCGACCACUUUUCUGAUAUCCUGGAAAAUUUCUUGUUGAUUCUUGCUUACUACGUUGCUCCUUACGCUGUCGUCAUCCUCUUGGAACACAUUGUCUUCCGCAAGAAGGGCACUACUUAUAACCUUGAGGACUGGAAUGAUCAGAGCAAGCUCCCAAUCGGUGUUGCUGCUGUUGGUGCCGUUAUAAUUGGUUUUGGAUUCGCUUUGCUCGGUAUGAGCCAAGUUUGGCUCGUUGGCCCAAUUGCCAAAAAGAUUGGUGAUUACGGUGGUGACGUUGGCUUUGAAUUGGCUAUUGCCAUGUCAGCCUUGUCGUACCUUGCACUACGAUCCAUUGAGCGUCACUUUGUUGGCCGCUAAACACUGUAAUUUACUACCCUUCUGUAAUAUUUUCACCCCACCUUAUAGUAGUUUAAUUUUCAAAAUCAUUAUGCCCUCAGCCCG